CCCUCCCUCCUGCCUGCUGCCUGUUCCUCUCUCUUCAAGCAGAAAGGUUACUGAAGAAGACUCCAGGAUUUGGGGUCUGUCUCAUCCGGUCUCCAGGAGUCUGUUUUUGUGAGUGAUCUGCCCGAUCUUCCCGGCUGGCCAUCCUCGCAGUGCCUCUGGAAGCAACCAGAGAGGCAGCUAAGGGAUCCUGACUGAACCGAGUCCAGCUUCCUGCUUCCACUGCUCCACCAUGCGAAUCCUGCUCUGUGACCUCCUGCUGCUCAGCCUGCUCUCCAGUGUGUUCAGCAGCUGUCCCAGGGACUGUCUCACUUGUCAGAAGCUCCACCCAGCCCCGGACAGCUUCAACUUGAAGGCAUGCAUCCUCGAGUGUGAAGAGAAGAUCUUCCCUCGACCCCUCUGGACUUCAUGCACCAAGGUCGUGGCCAGCGGUUCCUCAAAGUUCAGCCCUGCUGACCCAGAGCAUGUAUCAGCUGCUCGUCAUCAGCCACAAGCCUCUGAGCUGCAGCAUCUGAAGCGCAUGCCCCGUGUCAGGAGCUUGGUCGAAGCACUGGAAGAUACAGAGCCUGGCGUGUUUGAUGCUGGCAAGGUGGAACAGAAGCAGCUGCAGAAGAGGUUUGGGGGCUUCACUGGGGCCCGGAAGUCAGCCCGGAAGUUGGCCAACCAGAAGCGGUUCAGUGAGUUUAUGAGGCAAUACCUGGUCCUGAGCAUGCAGUCAAGCCAGCGCCGGCGCACUCUGCACCAGAAUGGCAUUCAGGUGAUCCCCCGAACAGCAUGUAUCCACACCCAGACCUGCCGGCUGGGAGUCAGGAUUCCUCCUUCCCCAAGGCACUGAGUGCCCGAAGCACAUCCCAGUCCAGUUGUCACCCCUCCCCAUGGCAUGUUUCAACACAACCCUGUUGCUACAUCAGAGUGUAUUUUUGUAAUUCCUGCAGCUGACAUUUUAAUGGCCCCAUCUUUCCCUCUCACCCACUUUCUUCCCUCUAGGGGGUCAGGUGAGAGGAUCUGAAAUCAAACCUGGGGUUUUGACACAUCACUGCCAUAACCUGUUUGUAAAAGAGCUGUUCUUUUUGACUGAUUGUUUGAAACAACUAUUUCUCCAUUAAACUUCUACUGAGCAAAUGGUUAA